AUGCGCACCCCGCGCGGAGAUGAAGAGUUGGCAGACGCCGAUGAAGGCAACGACUUCGAGUCUUUGAUCAGGCGGGCGAGGCAAGCACACAACCUGAACGUUAGGUGCCUCGAGGCGGAAGUGCAGAGGUUGCGGGAGAGGUUGGCGGCAGUGAUGGGGGACCACGGUGACGCGGAUAUUUUGUACGGCGGAGAACAGCCUGCUGUGCCACCUUUUAGUCGGACGAAAACCGAUGAUGACCAGAUCAGUCAGGAGGUGGCGUUACCCGAUGUGAAGGGUCAGCCGAGGCGCGAGAUCUCGGGCAGCAGCAAGGGUUUUAGUGAGUUUAGCAAUGACACAGGCGUUGGCAGGCGCAUUACAGAAAUAAGCACUCCAGGCAGUAGGCAAGCAGCAGUCUCCCGUGGGUUCAGCAGCACCUUGCGGCGGCAAGCAUCGUGGGAACGGUUUCUGGCAAGAAAAGGUGUUUUGUUUAGGGUCGUGCAGCACCCUGCCUUCGAAAUGUUCGUCGCUGGCAUGAUCCUCAUCAACGGUUGCGUUAUGGCUGCCGAGUCGCAGUACCAUGGUUUCGAUCUUGCCGUAUGGACUGGUCAUAGUAGUGCAGAUGGUGUAUCAUCCAGUGUGUGGCCACAUGGCGAAGCGGUGUUUGAAAUCUGUGAUUGGGUUUUCGGGGCAUUUUUCGCUGCCGAGAUUGUCAUCAAAGUCGUCGGCCUCCGCCUCGAGUUCACAAAGGAUUGCUGGAAUUGGGUUGAUCUUUCAGUGGUUGCGUUAUGUAUAGUCGCCUCGACGUGGACGUGGACGUGA